CUCGAUUCCCCCUCUUCUCUGGGCUAUAUGUGGCUUUGGGAAGCUCUGACAAUCCGCUCCAAAUGUUUUCCAUAUUUGUUCAGCCUCUUCGAUUCAAAUACCAGGAACAACUCAGCCAGCCGCACAAAAGGGAAGCUUCGGGUGGGGCAGUGAUAAUAAUAAUAAUAACCACCACCACCAAAUAACCCCCCCAAAAACACGCCCAUUGGCCAAAAAGAGAGCGAGAGGGAGACUCACAACAUGGGAAAAGAAGAAAAGAAAGCUCAGACCACCACGUCCCCUAAAAACGUGAACCAGGCAGGGAAAGCUGAAACGCAGAAAAGCGGCGAGCCCGCCAAGGAGCCAGAAGCAGCGAUGAAAAAGAAGAAAGCCAAACGAGAUCCCCAAGCGGGCCAGGAAGAGGACGUUCACACGUGCUGGGGCUGCCGGUUCCCGUUGCUGGUGGCUUUCUUGCAGCUGGCUUUAGGCGCCUCAGUCACAGUGCUGGGCUUCCUUAUGGCAGGCAUCAGCUCUUCUCUGCUAGUCAGAGACACUCCAUAUUGGGCGGGCAUAAUUGUCUGUGUGGUGGCCUUAUUGGGACUACUGAUGCUUUGUGUUUCUUACCAACCGGAUGAAAAGACCUGCAUCCAAUUUGCUGUCAAGGUGGCCUAUUUCCUGCUGUGUGCUCUGAGUCUGAUUGUAGGUGUGUUGGCAGUGGCCUUUGCUGCCUACCGUUAUUCCCAGAUUACACAGUUUACCUGUGAAAUGAUCCCUGAGAUUUGCCAGUGCAAAUUGGACACAGUCGAUCCCCUCAGCAGAACCUUCUUGUUCCAGAAUGUGUUGGACUGUACAGACAUCACCGGUACUUUCAGCCUUUACUUGCUGAUCCAAAUUGUGCUUAACCUCCUGGCAGCCAUUGUGGGUUUUGUAGCUUGUUUUGUCAUGUGGAAAGAUAGGUACCAGGUCUUUUAUGUAGGCAUCAGGUUGUACUCAUUAACCAGUACUGGCGUUCAGCAACAGAAAGUAUAGGGUCUGAGGGGCUCUUGGGAAGAGCAAUAGAGUAUCAUCAUAUCACUACCAAAUGGAAGACUGUUUCUACAACGAUGGUGUAGGCAAGGGACAUGUGCUUAAUGAAUAUAUUGGUUCAGAUAAAUUAAGGGAAUCUACUGUGUGAUAUUUUUAUGAUCACUAUUCCAAGGCUCUCUGUUGUCUCUCCUAAAGACAGCACAUGGUCAAGGAAUUCAACACCUGUAUCUUGUGCUGGAUCAGGAACUGCAGACAUUAUCUGGAUGUGCAUUGAGAAUAUACAUUGAAAUAUGGGUACCCGUCCCUCAGUAUUGCAUCAUUUUCACUGCCCAUACCCAUCUACACUGGGAAUAUAGUCAUGGGUCAAUAUACCUUUUAAGGACACAGCUAGAGUUGGAUUCUGGUUAUUACAGUUUACUCCAUCACAUUUCUCUCUAUUUAGCAAUAGUUCUAGGGUUUGUCUCACCUACUUCUGAUGUAACAUGGGGACCAAGGGCAACUAUGCAGAUUAAUGCAAAGAAAGGUAAACCCCAUGAUUAUGCUAAUCCAUUGCUUCUAAAAUAUUUUGUAUGCAUGCUUUUACAUGCAGAACAAGAUAAAAUAUGGCCCAGUUUAUAUUAACUUCUGUAGCAUGGCUGCCCUUUCUUCUGUGGUUUCUCUCUAUAGUAUGUAUCUCUUCUCUUGAGAUGGUUGGGACAGCCUAUGUUAUGUACCAUCAUUGACAUAGUCAUUCUAUUACCUCUGUACCUCUCUGAAAUUCCCAUUCUCAUCAGAUCCUAAGCAGGAUCUGACCUGGUUACUGAUAACAUGGGAAAUUGCAAGAGAGUUCCAAGGAUCUCUAGGUAAAUCUUAAAAAGUCUUCCUGAAGUCUAGAAUGUCUACUGCCAGAUUUUACAGUCGUGGGCAAUGUAGACAAAGGUUCUGACUCAGUGUAAAGUAACCUCCAAUGUUGCCAUGCUUAUCUGAAUGGUAGAUGGUCAUGCAGUCUGCCCACAAAAUCUCUACCAUCCAGAAGAUGAGCCAUGCUACUGAAAAUAGAGAGUAAACCAGUCUCUUCCUCCUGCUCCUCCUCCUUUCAAAAGCAAGGGACUACAAACUAGCUUCUUGGGCCUUCUUUAGUGAAGAACAAUUUGUUUUUCAGAUGUAAUUUCAUACAGCAAUGGUGUAAAUGGGUCAGCUACACAAAUCAUACUAUUCAAAUCUGAUCUUUAAAAUUACCCACUGGAUACCAUUCAUGUUUAAAAAAUAAAAAUAAGAAAUGUGUUUAUAGAUCUUAAUCGCAAAGAAGUUAGUGUUAAAACUGCAUUGCCUUCAUGGACUCUGGAUUAUAUCUUUAAUCUCACUAAAUCUAUUAGGCUAAAAAUAUAGUCUUAGAAUGUUUAAACAUAGAAUUUAAGUACACUUAAUUUGUUUCAGGAUUGCACCUUCUUCUCUGCUUCUCCCCAUACCCAAAACAGUGAUGAUAAAUGGCAUAAAAAUAACAUCUAAGGCAGAGAUAAAUAUGACAUUUAAAUAUUAGUCACAAAACUAUACCAGAUUAAAUUAUAUAUCUUCUUUUUUCUGUCCAUUCAGUUUGUUCCAAAUGUUGGUUUCAAAAAGCUUUUUAAAAUCCAUACUAUUUAUUAGUUUUAUGUCAUAAGAUUAUUCAUGGUGAUGGAAGAAAAAAUGGCAGGGUUAAAGAAAACAAAAUAUAAACACAGUAGUGAAGACUUUUAAUCGAUUUACAGUGAACCAACAUCGGGCUUUAAUUAUUAUUCCUCAUUAUAAAGGCAUCACAAUAUUACAAACCUGUAUUGCCUUUAUACUAGUUUAGUCUUCAGGGCUUCACUCCAGUAAUACUACGAUUAGCUUGGUGAGCAUGUUCAGAAUUAUCUGUUAAAGAACUCAAGUACACAACAGCAGUUCCCCAAACUUUCUUUGGAACAAAGAAUUCAGGAUUAUGAAUCUAGUCUAGGCUAUGUGUGUUGGACUAUCCAAGUACAGAGGUGGAACAGGUCAUGUUGGCUGAGGUGUUUUGGGAGAUGUGGUCUGAAAAAAGUAAUUUUCCGCAUCUUUGUGUCUAAGUCACAUAUUGUCUGCUAUGCUUUAGGGAAGGAGCAUCUUCUCUAAUAGGAGAGAAAAUAAUCAAUCUAAACAUUGCAGGAUGUGACCAUAAAUUUAAUUUGGCUUAUACUUCUGUUGCAAAAUAUUUACUGAAAGCUUCUCAUCUUUAUUUCUUAAUUCUGCACUUCAGCAGAAUUCCACAGUAUACUGCUUUGACUGGAUCAUGUCUGAUCGCAUUUAGGAAUCCAGGUACCAGAAGCUUUGAGACUGGUGUAUCUAGACCCCAAACAUUAUCUUACAUCUUCCUGCCACAUAUAAUAUAACAUCUGACCCCUGGAAAAAUAAAAAGACGUUUGUUGCUUCUUGGUGGAUACCUGAUCCUCCCCAACAGAAGCAAAGUCUUUAUAUUACUGCCAGUGUGGCCAAAUGAUCUAUAUUACAUCUCUCUUGUUUGAACACUCUCUCCUUUGCUCUUUCUGUAUCUGAAUUUUAGGGACCUCUGAUUGCUCCAUUUCACUGAACAGAGUUCAAGGCAGAGUUAUUAAAAACCACUCUUGAAUUUAGCUGAGAGAAUAAUUACUCAGUGCCCUUUAAUGACUCAAAAUCUUUCGCUUCAAACAGCUGACUCACACUACCUCACUCGGAGUGAUCACUCCUAGAGUGGAGCAUGAGAUUAUGUUUCUGAAAGGGUACACUGCAGGAAAUUCAAAGACACCCCCCUCCUGAUGUGUGUAAGUCUACUUAGCGUGUGACUAGACAGCCAAAUUGGAUUGGAUUGGAUCAGCUAAAUAGGGUUGCUUAAGACUGCAUAGAGGUGCAGUAGAUCCUUACAUCCUUGUGGUGGUUUUGGGGCAGGAAACCAAACUGCAUCUCAAGCAGCUGUAUUUAGUCCAUUCCAUCCUCUUCUAUUUUCCCUAUGGAGGGCAAUGGGAAGAUACUUUCAAUUUAUUGAUAAGUGGCUUGAACCUGCAGGGUGAGUAGCGGGUUGGUUUGUGAUUGCCAGUAGGGCAUGCGGCCACCAGGAAAAGGAGUGGACCAGCCCAUUCCUAAAGUGGACCAAACUGCAUGCGAAAUGCCCAUCUGAUUACACCUUUAAUUUCAAGACAAAAUGAAUGAGACUUACGUUGUGAUAGUAAAUGAUUCCCCUGGACAGACCCACUCAAAGAAGAGCUACCUUGCCAGAUAAGAACAAUUAGGAUUGUUGUUUGCCUUAACUUCCACUUCAGAAGCAGUUUUCCUUAAAAACAUUGUGGAUCAGGUUGUUAACUUAGACUACACCGUAAGCUUCUGUGGCUGGGAUGCAAGGGCUAUUUCAACAGGUGCACAUCUUAAGAUCCACAUUUUAAGGUACAUGCAAAGGCUGCUUAUGAGAAUCAGCAGCACUUAGUUUCACGGGAUAAUAAAAAAACCCCACUUCCUUGCGAAUUUCAGGGGAACCUUCCUUAUGUUGUGCUUUACUGCCUGUACGCAGUUGUACUCAAGCAGGUACAUUAAAGGACAUAUGGGAAGCAUGAAGAAAACCAUGUCUUGAUCAAAGAGCAUGUGGUGCUAAUCUCCUGCAAACACCCACUGUUGUAUUAACGACAGCAGGACAACCAUCUCAUACAAUCCAGAUGGUGGCUAUCUCAUAAAAGCCAUAAAGUGCAGAGUUUUGCACAAUCCACUGUGGUGUUUGAUGAAGGGGGAAGUGCUGGAGGAGACUUCUCGGUCCACAAUAUGUAACAAAAACAGUGGCCACACCAUAUCAGUGCUUGCCAGAGAUGCCCGCUUCCCCAGACUGUGCCUUCACAUGAAUACCAUCUGCGCCUUGCCAACACUGCCCAGCUCUGCGUGGGAAUUAUCUUGGAAAUCUGCCUGAACUGCAGGCCAACAGACAAGCUUUGGAAAUGAUGCAUAGUAAGCUUAACACAUUUCCCCCCUACACAGAGACAAAUACAUAUACAAACACACCCUGCCCUGGCACCUACUGUUCUCUGCCAAACUCUGUAAUAGUGAUAUUUUCUUGCCACUUCUUAACAGUAUGUUUGCCAGUUUCCUCAGAACAGUUCCGACCCCUGUGCUUUUUGUUCUAUAUUUAAUAGUCAGACUGUCAGCUUUACCCUGCUGCCUUGAAAUGUUUGCACUCUCAGUCCUGCCUCCAUGCUUAUGUCUGGAAUGUGCUUUUAAAUAUUAGCAAAGGGUGUGGGUUGGGGGUAUGCAAGGGACUCACUGAGAAACAACUGCUGAAGCAUAAAGGCAAUCAGCUGUCCUAAGGAAGGCGUUUGCUUGUGCUCAGUGCUUUUUCUCCAUAAUAUUCUUCACACUUGGUGAGAGUUCAGUGGGCUCAAGUGGAUGUUUAUAUCUUUUUCAUUUGCUAAAGCUACAGUAUAAUGUCUGUCCCUGCCUUCGACGACACUGUUCGUGUAUGCAGUGGCACUAGAAAUCCUUGCUUCAGGGCACUCUGUGGUCUUUCAAAAUUGCUCUCCGGGGAGCUUUGCAGAGUCUUAGAAAAGUUGAAAGUUUCAAAACGCAAAAGUCAGGAAUGGUGCCAGCAUGCCCAAUUUUGUGGCUCUUCGUAUACCAUGGACAUACUAAGAGGGGUGUUGUGUCUUGUUCUAAAACACGCCCCAGCAUACUUUGGAACACAGAGAGCUUCAUUCCCAUGAGAGAUUGGCAGGGGAUCUGUAGCAGAUCAAGUGUUGCUGAAAGGAUUCCCCUCAAAGUAAAAAGCUUGCAAACCACAAUAUUACAGUAGCGACUCUCAACUGACUUAAAAUAUGUCGCAACAAUGGCAUUGUCCCAAUUUGUAGAAAGUUCUCUUUUUUAAUUGAGCCAUUGGCUUGUCUCUCAGCCUUCCUCCAUUGCAGUCUGACUGGAUGAAAAAAAAAGACAGGGCCAACUCAGAAGGUUAAUACAAGGCUCAUGAUGGUAGCAGAGCAUUCCUACCAUCUGUUUCUACCUGUCAGAAAAAAUCUCACCAGGAAUUAACGAUUUACCUUGCCAAAUCAAAUGGCAGCUAAACAUGGAUUGGCAGUGAUCUGUAGUUCAGUUCCUGGUAUGAUCUGGGAAAGGUAGGACUGGGAAACACUCCCUCCACUGGGAACUCUGGGGAGGUGUUGGUGAUCAGUGAGAGAAAAUGGAGAUAGAUUAACCAGUGGUCCUUCAACCAGCAAGGUUUUGAUAACACAAGUUCAUAUAUUCUUAUGUUAAUUUUCUGCAGUGUUAACAGCCAGGAAUAAUCUGUCCUGCAGUGAUCUUCAGUUCUCUGGCUACAGGUCUUUCUUGUAUUUUCCAGCCACUGAGCUUCAGUUGGAAUUCAUGUGUACUUCUCUAGACACAAUCCAUGCAGUCCAGGUGGCCAUUAUAUUGAAUUUAUUUAUGA